UCAGCUGUGCUGACACUGACGGGAUGGCUGAAUCUGAGUGGACAAGGAUCUUUAACAUUAAAGUAAGCAAUCUAAGAAAAGGAGAUUCCUGGGGUCUUGAGUUUGAUGACAGUAUUGUCCCUAACAGCCCAAAGUUUGGCUGGGAGCAGUACAUCAGGAACACAGGUGCCAGGUUCCGCUGCUCAAGGUGUGGAAGAACCUGGCCUUCUAACCGUGUGAUGGUGGUCUUCCACAUGCAGCUGAAAGAUGGCCAAGGUGUUGUGAAGGUGAGACGAUUCUGUCAGAAUUGCAAGAGGUGCUACAAUGCUCCGAUGGAGAGGCCCAGUGUUGAAUCUGACAACAUUGACAUCCUCAUGGAGAGUCUGAUGGAAAAGAUCAGGAUUAAAUGCUACCAUGAAGACUUGGGCAAAAGGAACCGCCCAUUCAGGAAGCUGGAUGUCAACAAUCCACAUGAGCCCUCUCACUGUGAGGCCUGCAGGCUGGGCAUCUGUACACAGAACUGAAAACGUGAGGGUUUAUCGGGAAAAAUAAUAUAUGAUGCAUGGGAAUAGAAAUAUGUGUGUUAUUGCAUAUGUAAUACUCUUAAUGAAGGAUGCUUUUCCCAGGUUCACCUGUAUUUAUUAUCAACAUUUUUAGCUCAUAAUAGCAAAACCUCCAUUAUAAAUGGCUUUCUUUUGGUCACUCUGUUAACUUAUAUAUAAAAUCUACAUCUAUAUAAUAAUCUGCAUUAAGGUUUUAGUGUUCUCCAAUUCUGCACAUAUCAGUAUGUUUGCUAAAAAAAAUAGUCUCUAAAAUGAAAAAAGUUUAAUAAAGCUUUA